UCGCGACAAUGGUUAUUUUCAACAAAUCAUAAAGAUAUUGGAACUUUAUAUUUCAUUUUUGGAGUAUGAUCUGGAAUAGUCGGAACUUCUCUAAGAAUUUUAAUUCGUGCUGAACUUAGCCACCCUGGUAUAUUUAUUGGGAAUGACCAAAUUUAUAAUGUAAUUGUAACAGCUCAUGCAUUUAUUAUAAUUUUCUUUAUAGUAAUGCCAAUUAUAAUUGGAGGAUUUGGAAAUUGAUUAGUUCCUUUAAUAUUAGGAGCCCCUGAUAUAGCUUUCCCUCGAAUGAAUAAUAUAAGUUUUUGAAUACUACCUCCUUCAUUGACUCUUCUAUUAUCAAGCUCAAUAGUAGAAAAUGGGGCAGGAACUGGGUGAACAGUUUAUCCUCCUCUCUCUUCAGGAACAGCUCAUGCUGGAGCUUCUGUUGAUUUAGCUAUUUUUUCUCUUCAUUUAGCUGGAAUUUCCUCAAUUUUAGGGGCAGUAAAUUUUAUUACAACUGUGAUUAAUAUGUGAUCGUCAGGGAUUACUUUAGAUCGACUACCCUUAUUUGUUUGAUCUGUAGUUAUUACAGCUAUCUUAUUACUUCUUUCUCUUCCUGUUUUAGCUGGAGCUAUUACUAUAUUAUUAACAGACCGAAACUUAAAUACAUCUUUCUUUGAUCCAAUCGGAGGGGGAGACCCUAUUUUAUACCAACACUUAUUUUGAUUCUUUGGACACCCAGAAGUUUAUAUUUUAAUUUUACCCGGAUUUGGAAUAAUUUCUCAUAUUAUUACUCAAGAAAGCGGAAAAAAGGAAACAUUUGGAACUUUAGGAAUAAUUUAUGCUAUAUUAACAAUUGGAUUAUUGGGAUUUAUUGUUUGAGCUCAUCAUAUAUUUACAGUAGGUAUAGACGUAGAUACUCGAGCUUAUUUUACUUCAGCAACUAUAAUUAUUGCUGUUCCUACAGGAAUUAAAAUUUUUAGUUGAUUAGCAACUUUACACGGAACUCAAUUAACAUAUAGUCCAGCCCUUCUAUGAUCAUUAGGAUUUGUAUUUUUAUUUACAGUUGGAGGUUUAACAGGAGUAGUAUUAGCUAAUUCUUCAAUUGAUAUUGUUCUUCAUGAUACUUAUUACGUAGUUGCCCAUUUUCAUUACGUUUUAUCUAUAGGAGCUGUAUUUGCUAUUAUAGCAGGAUUUAUUCAUUGAUACCCUUUAUUAACAGGAAUAGUUAUAAACCCUUCAUGAUUAAAGGCUCAAUUUAGUAUAAUAUUUAUUGGAGUAAAUCUAACUUUCUUUCCUCAACAUUUUUUAGGGUUAGCUGGAAUACCUCGACGAUACUCAGAUUUUCCUGAUAGCUACUUAACUUGAAAUAUUAUUUCUUCUUUAGGAAGAACAAUUUCACUAUUUGCCGUUAUUUUCUUUUUAUUUAUUAUUUGAGAAAGUAUAAUUACUCAACGAACACCUUCUUUCCCUAUACAAUUAUCUUCAUCUAUUGAAUGAUAUCAUACACUUCCUCCUGCAGAACAUACUUAUUCAGAAUUACCACUACUUUCUUCUAAUU